AUGACAAUCCUCAUCACCGGCUCCCGCGGAAAAACUUCUUCCCAACUCCUCCCCAUCCUCUCCUCUCAUCCCAACCACAACGCCUCCGAACCUCUCCUCCUCACCUCCCGCCAUCCUGAAAUUCCCAUUCCCAAUCAAACCCAUCGUCCAGUUGUUAAACUUAAUUAUUUCUUCCCUGAGACGUUCUCGAAUCCGUUCUGUCAUGACGCUCUUGACACACAACGAAAACAACAACAACAACAACAUGACGACUCUCUUGUUGAGAAGAAGGAUGAUGAGGAGGGGUUGGGGGAUGUGAAAGCAAUGUAUCUGGUUGGAAUCGAUCGGGUAUAUGAUGCGAGUGAGAAAAUUGUGCCGUUUGUGAGGUUGGCGAGGGAGAGUGGUGUUAAGAGGAUUGUGGUGUUGAGUGCGUGGGAGGUUGAGAGGGGGGAGGCGAGGAUGAUGGGGGGUGUACAUGAGGAGGUUGCUGGAGGAGGGGGUGGUGGUGAUUGUGAGGAGGGGGGGAGGAUGGUGUGGCCGGAGUGGGUUGUUGUUCGCCCUCACUUCUUCAUGGAAAAUUUCAAAGAAGGCUACCAUCUGCACACCAUCAAACACGAAAACCGCAUCUACUCUGCCGCCCAAGACGGCAAAGUCGCCUUCAUCUCCGCCUUCGACAUUGCAAAUGUCGCAACUCACGCUCUCCUCGACGACGAUAAACGAAAACUCAACAAAGAUUAUAUUAUUACGGGGAGAGAAGCGCUGGAUUAUGAUGAGGUUGCUGCAAUCUUCACAAAAAUCCUCGGCCGCCGUAUAAUUCACGUCCGACUUUCUCGCAACGCUUUUGAAAAUUUCUUGCGCGAACGAGGUGGUUUGGAGCCUGAUUUUGCAAAUUAUAUGGCGGAUUUGGAUGUGAGAGUUGCCAGGGGAGAAGGUGCGAGGAUUACGAAUGAGGUGAAGAAGGUUACGGGGAAACAACCGAAGAGUUUGGAGGAGUGGGUGGGGGAGUUUAGGGAGGUUUGGUGUUGA